AUGGAAGUGUACAUCGACGACAUGUUAGUUAAAUCACUCAAAGAGGAAGACCACGUCGCGCAUCUACGGGAAUGCUUCGAACAAUUGAACAAGCACAACAUGAAACUAAACCCGGCGAAGUGCAGGUUUUCGGUCACUUCGGGAGAAUUCCUCGGCUAUCUGGUAACUCACCGAGGCAUAGAAGCAAACCCCAAGCAAAUCAAGGCGUUAAUUGAGAUGCCCUCUCCAAGGACGAAGCGCGAAGUGCAGAGGCUCACAGGUAGAGUCGCCGCGCUAAACAAGUUUAUUUCCCGCUCCACAGACAAGUGCCUGCCCUUCUACGACACCCUCCGAGGAAACCAGAAGUUUGAGUGGGACGAACGGUGCGAGACAGCUUUCCAGGAAUUGAAGAAUUAUCUAGCGAGCCCACCAAUCUUAGCAAAACCAGUCGAAGGAGAGCCGCUCUUCCUCUACAUCGCAGUGUCUGCUACAGCUGUAAGCGGAGUGCUUAUCAGAGAAGAACGGUUCGAGCAAAAACCCAUUUUCUACAUCAGCCAGACACUGACCGACGCCGAGACUCGCUACCCUCAGAUCGAGAAGGUCGCCCUAGCCAUCGUAGUCUCGGCUCGCAAACUGCGCCCACCUAGCCAAUCCGGUCGGCUCGCCAAGUGGGCAAUAGAGCUAAGCGUAUACGACAUCGAGUAUCGGAAUAGGUUGUCUGCAAAGUCACAGGCGCUCGCAGAUUUCCUCAUUGAACUUCCCGCCGAAACAACAAACGAGCCGACUCUAGAUGAAGUGUGGACGCUGCACGUCGACGGCUCGUCGUCUAAACACGGCUCGGGAAUAGGAAUCCGCCUCACCUCUCCCACCGGAGAAAUAUUGGAACAGUCUUUUCGUCUGAACUUCCACGCCUCGAACAACGAAGCGGAAUACGAAGCACUGAUCGCCGGCAUACGACUAGCGCAGGGAAUCGGAGUUCGAAAGAUAAGAACCUUUUGCGAUUCACAGCUUGUAGCAUGUCAAUUCAACGGAGAAUAUGAGGCAAAGGAUGGACGAAUGGGAGCUUACCUCAGGGUGGUCCGAGAAUUGGUACAAAAGUUUGAUGAGUUCGAACUCACGCUCAUUCCCCGAGGAGAAAACACCUCCGCCGGCGCCUUGGCAGCACUCGCCUCGACCUCGGACCCAGACCUCCGACGAACGAUCCCAGUUGAAUUCAUCGAACGUCCUAGCAUCGAAGAGAUGGAAGGAGUUCGGCUGAUAAAUCCUCCUGAACAAGAACCAGAGGACGACGAAGCCAUUCCUAUGGACGAAGACCCUCAACCGGCCGAGCCAGAGUACGGCUGCGACAAAGAAUGGCUCGGAGCUAUCCGAGUAUAUAUCGCCCAUGGAGAGUUGCCGACCGACAAAUGGGAAGCCCGCAAACUAAAAGCUCAGGCCGCACGAUAUGUCCUCGUUGAUGGCGAGUGGAAAAUCCGCCUCAGCAAAUCUACGCUAAGGUACCCUCAAGGGAACGAACAAGCCGAAGCAGCCAAUAAGACGAUCCUCGACGGUCUGAAAAAGAGGCUCGACGCCAAGAAGGGACGGUGGGCAGACGAACUCGAAGGAGUCCUUUGGUCUCAUCGGACAACUCCGCGCCGAACCACCGGGGAAACUCCAUUCGCUUUGGUCUACGGAUCGGAGUGCGUAAUUCCCCCUGAGGUGGAUUUCCCAGGUAUUCGACGAAGACUUCUACCAGGACAGGAGGGCUUGAACCACUUAAUGAUGCUAGAUGAGCUCGACCUAAUCAACGAAAAGCGUGAUCAAGCCUUAAUUAAUAAUUCGAAUCCAGAACUAUCAACAACCGACGGCGAGAUACUACAACAAAAACGUUCGAAGUCGAAGAUUCAAAACAGGGGAGCUCGUCCUCCGAAAGGAGUCUACGAACUCGCGACACUAGCUGACGAGGCGAUUCCAAGAUCAUGGAACGCAAUGCAUCUGAAGAAAUACUAUCACUAA